AAAAUAUUAUAUUGUUCUUUCAUUGUUGUUGUUGCUGUUUUGCGCUACAAAAAAUAGGACAUGUGCAGUGUGCAUAGGAAUUUGUUCGUAUUUUUUUUUUUCAAAUGAUAAUUCGGCCCCUCAACAGUCUGAAGGAUUGUGGACCGGCCCUCGGCUUCAAAAGUUUGAGGACCCCUGGUCUAGAUAGAUGAGAGAUAUAGUAUCGAUUUCAAAGGGACCCCCAAAGGUCAUCCAGCCCAGCCCCGUUCUUACCGAUGAGUCCUUCACCUGCACAGCAGAGGGCAAUACUGGCUCACAGGUGCUGCCAAGCUGGCUUGCACCCAAAGGCCCGCCUUCCUAGAUGGGUUUGUUGGCACAGCCGGCUCCGGAUCCUGUUUGAGGCUCUUGUCCCCAAAGCCCUCGGAGGAAGCCGGAGCAACAUAGCAUGGCCCCGGAGCCGCUGUGGGUGCUGGUGGCCUUUGCGGUGGCAGUGACACUCCAGGCGGAAUCGACCCCAAAACCAACCUCAACACAACAUGUAACUUUAUUAAAUACGACCCCAACUGGGCUGUCGGUCUCCAGCCCCAUGGCGCCAAUGACAAGCAGUCCGACCGCCACGACAUGGUCAGAAACCUCCCAGAGUCCCAAGCCUCCGGAAACCACUGACGACAACGGCACCACAAGCCACAGCACCACAGGAAUUGAGACAUCCACAUCUUUCGCCGGGUCCACAAAGCCACUCACAAGCCAAGAGGCUGCGACAACCUCUGGCAACACAACGGCCACUGGUGACGAGGACGACUCUCGCCUCUCCGAGAAGCCGGGCCUUGUAGCCGUCAUUUGCAUUUUCCUCACCGUUCUGCUCAUUGGCGCUGUGGUGGUGGUGGUGAAGUGCUUCCGGGCGAGGGAACCAUCCUUCCAGAAACUGGACGAGGUGCCCAUGCAAGGAAAAGCCGCCGAAGACUCUCCUUUUGCCCGCUACCCUCCCAAAUAGACCGCCUGUCCAGCUUCGUGUGAUGGGAACGUCCCCUCCGGCAACUCUUGGACUUGGUGCAUGAAAUAAAAAGACCUGUACAGAAA